AUGGCUGUCCUCCCACCAACCAAUGGCUGUCCUCCUACCAACCAUAGAUGUCCUCCAACCAACCAUAGCUGUCCUCCCACCAACCAAUGGCUGUCCUCCCACCAACCAAUGGCUUUCCUCCCACCAACAAUAGCUGUCCUCCCACCAACCAUGGCUGUCCUCCACCCAACCAUAACUGUCCUCCCACCAACUAUGGCUGUCCUCCAACCAACCAUAGCUGUUCUUCUACCAACCAUAGCUGUCCUCCCACCAACCAUGGCUGUCCUCCACCCAACCAAAGCUGUCCUCCCACCAACCAUAGCUGUCCUCCAACCAACCAAUGACUGUCCUCCCAACAACCAAUGA